AUGCAUGCCGUCUCACAUUGCCUGCCCCAUCGCGGCCCUGGCGCAACGCGCGCGAGGGCCCGCUGGCAGCCUUACUCUUCUGUUGCGUUAUCGUCUGGUCUCAACACUCCGCCGCGUACCUCACCCUCCUUCCCCUAUCUUCCAACUCCGGCCUCAUCUAUAUGCUCCUCACCUCCCACUAUCCAAGUACAUGCUGUAUGCGAUCCAGAUUCUCUCAAAGUCCACCAAUCAAAUCACGCUUCUCGGGCCGGUUCGUUGCGCGACGCGCAGAAAUCGCGAUAUGUCACUGGUCUCGUCGAUCAAGCCAUUCGCUCAUUGUGCGACACCUGGCGCCCCGAAAACAUACCCUCUGCCUUCACUCACCCUCCCCUCUCGACCGCGUCUGGCGACUCCUGCUCUACAACCGGGGUUCAGCCAGUUCGCCACGAACGCUUACAUGAUGCUGUCCAAUUGCUAUCGCCCGUGUCUCCCUCCACCCAAUCGACCGCUUCCCCCACUUCCACCGGCCCCUCCAACGUCUGCAACACUCUGAGUGGCGACAAUGCGGCCUGCAUCAAGGGCUUUGUGCACGAGGUCCUUCGUCGCUCGCGCACGUCUGUGGGCGUGUUGCAAACGGCGCUUUGCUACCUGGAGGCCGUACGCACUCGAAUUCCCGACGUUCUAAGGAAGGACGAACAGCAGGACCUCGACGAUGCUUCGAACCUGGCCCGGAUCAUCGUGGAGGAACAAGUGGACGAGCAAUCCCGUUCAAACAGCACCCGCGAGGUCUUCGCUGAAGAUGUUGACACCGUACGUAUGUCGGACCAUACUGAUUCGGAUCUGGCAUCUUCGCCCGAAGACCCUGUCGGUGUAGCUACACGCGGAACAUCUGCAACGCCUGCCCUACCACCACUUCCCCUUCAGCCGUCCCCGCUUCUCUGUCCGCGUCGGACAUUCCUGGCAUGCCUCAUUCUCGCUACGAAGUUCAUGCAAGACCGCUCGUACUCCAAUCGUGCCUGGGCGAAGCUUGCUGGCCUACCGCCUCGCGAGAUCGGCCGGUGCGAACGCGCUGUCGGCAACGUGCUCGAAUGGCGUCUCUGGGUCGGAAAAGACCUGAACGUCGGGACGGGCACCUCGAAGCGCCCCUUGCUUCGGAGCAAGAGCGACGGCGACGUCCUCAACACCGCUACGGCACAUAUCCCAAUUUCGGACACCACCAGCGUCGAUCACGGGCCGUUAGGGCCAUCUCAGGCGGAGAAUCCGCGCGUUCGCAACUUGCGGCGCUGCGCGACCAUCGCCUCCGUCAGCGUCGAACCGCCUGUCGCACGCGCAUACGCCCACGGACAGCUCCUCUCUGCUCCCUUGGUGGAGGAACCGGUGGGUUACGAAGGUUCGGACGCGCGCCCCUCGACAUCCGCCAACAGGUUCGCUGCCGCGUACGACUGCGGCGCACCCUCGCCACAAUGGUUCACGCCUCCCCUGACCUAUUCACCGAUGUCGACAUCUUCUGCGUCCUCCGACGGCGCUGACGACCGCACCGUGCAACUCGCGGACUUCCCUGAGCUGUCUGUGAACGCCGGGUUCUCUGCGGGCAGCACCGAUGCAUGGCGCAACAGGUCGGACGGCGAAGCUUUCGACGCGGCAUACCCGAAGCCCAGUGGAUUCAACUUCCUGGGACCCCAGAUGAGUUCGGCCCACCCUCCGGCGAUUGUCGACGUGAAUGCUCCCUAUCUUGCUCCGACGGACACUGGACCGUUUCAAGUACCUCCGAUUUCCGUAGGCUUUCCGUUCUAUGGCUGA